AACUUUUUCUGGGCCGUCCGCUCCCAUACAAUGUUCGCGCAGCUUUUCGGUGCUGCACGAAGAGCCAUCAGCCGCACUCCAUCGUACCAGGGCCCCUCCAGCGACGCCGCAGAACAAGUCCCUGAGAUCCCCACCAGCGACCCCGCCCCUCUACACCCAGAAUCUGCCGCCAUGGUCACCACGCGCCGCGGCACCGAGACGCCGGGCAUGUCGACGCCGGCGGGCUCUGCGAAGAAGUUCGUCGGCAAGCGCGAGCUCGAGGCGCUGGAGUCGCCCAGCCAGCCGAAGCGCCAGAAGACGACCGUCGUGGAAGUGACGCGCAAAUUGAGGUCGACGCCGCGCAAGGGCGCGACUGAAAUAUCAGACUCGGCAUCCGAGAUAGACGAACCCACACCAAAGCCAAAAAAGACGAGUCCGCUUGCACGGCGCCGCCGCUCCAGCCCCAAGGUCGUCGUCGCGCCGUCGUCGGACGCGGGUGAUGAUGCACACACCCAGGACGGCUUCCACACCCCCGAGCCCGCGUCGUCCGAGGCCGCCUUCGUGACGCCGUUCACAAGCAAGAAGGCGCUUGCGGGCUCGCACACACCAGCAUCAGCCAAGAACGAGACCCCGACCGUGGCAAAGAAAGCGCGCGGCCGCCCCAAGAAGGCCCAAAAACAGGACAUCCCGGAAGAAAUCCCUUCCUCGACGCAGGAGAGCUCCGUCGCCUCCCCGCCCGCCCCAGCACACGUCCGCUUCGGCAGCGAAGAGCCCGCCGCCGCACCCCCCGCCGUGCCCGCACCCACCCCCGCGCCCGUUGAAGACGAAGACGAAGACUCCGACUCCGACUCCGACGCCGCGCCCGAAACCGUGUCCGCCUCGGCCGCCGUCCGCGCCGCCGCCGCCGCCACCGCAGACACAACCCGCGCGCUCACCGCACAGGCCGCGAAAGAGCGCGCGAAAGCAGACGCCCGCGCCGCGCGCCUCGCGGCCGAACAAGCCGCCAAGCGCGACCGAGAAGCACGCAAAGCGGAAAAAGCAGCGCGCCACGCCGCCAAAGCCGCGCGUCUGGCAGUCACCGCUGACGAUGUCGAGGACGCAAUGGAUUCAGGCGAGGACGAGCGCACACCGCACACCGCGCUGCCCUCUCUCCUCCCCGCCUCCCUCCUCGCGAACCUCAGCGCAACCCGCCCGCCAACACCGCCACCCGAGACCCCCAACACUUCGGCCGAGGCCCAGCACAAAGCCAAACUGGCCCGCCACAUCAAGUUCCUCGAGCAGAGCAGCCAGGCGCCCAAGGAGCGGCGCGUGGGGAAGCACAGGGUUGCUGUGCUGGGGCAGCGGAAGGGCGUGUUGGCGGAUAAGGUGGGGAAGGGGGGGAGGGGGGUGAGGGAGGGGUGGUUGAAAGGGAGGGAUGGGACGGGUAAGAAAGGGGGCAAAGGGAAGGCGGUAGGAGGGAAAGGGGGGCAGAGGGCGAAGUUUGGGGGCGGGGGGUUUUUGAGGGGUGAUUAG